UGGUGUAUGGACAGCUGACAUCCAAGGACCCACACAUACAGGAUCUACAUAAAAGGCAGUUUAACGUUGAGUGAAAGUCACUCUGGCACCGAACCCUCUCACUCACAGGAUGAAUGCUUUUCAGACUGUCUUCCUCUUGGUUCUUGGUCUCUCUGUAGCCCAAUCUUUGGACUACAGGGCUCUCCAGCAAUUCAGAAAUAUGAUCCUGUGCAUGAUGCCCGAUAGCUGGCCUGUUUUUGACUACGCAGACUAUGGCUGCUACUGUGGCUACGGGGGAUCUGGCACACCUGUAGAUGAUCUGGAUAGGUGUUGCCAGGUUCAUGACCAGUGUUACAGUGAUGCUAUGCAACAUCCUGAGUGCUGGCCCAUCCUGGACAACCCUUACACGGAGCUCUAUGACUACACCUGUGAUGAAAGUAAUAGAAAGAUCACCUGUACAAAGAGUAACGAUGAAUGUGAGAUGUUCAUCUGUGAGUGUGACCGGAAAGCCGCGGAGUGUUUUAGCAGAUCGCAGUGGAUCCCCGAACAUGAGCACCUGCCAAGUGACCGGUGCCAGUAGAGUCAACAACCAGCUGCAUCAAGCAAAGAAGCUGUCCCUCAACAUGUCACAUCCAUUUACAGACUCAGAUAACGACAGAUUGGGUCUCAUUCUGGACUUACACAUUUACUAGUGAUAUAAUUUAGGCACAGCCUUGUAUCCAUCCAUCCUUUCUUUAUGCUAGAUGUUUCUGGCUUGGCUAACAACUAUUAUAUUGUAACUCAUCCUAAAUGUCAACCAAUUGUUUACACUUUUGUGAUAUUCAGUGUGAUUCUUCCACAGUCAACAGAGGGUGCUGUUCUUUAUCUUUGACUGUAGCGUUCAGGAAGACAGGUUUGUUCCACGGCAGGUGUUCUCUUCACUUUAUGUAACAUUAGAAAAAAAAUAAAAUAAAGGAAAAAGACUGUU